CUUACAAAAUCUUAAGCUUUACUUUGGUAGGAGAAGCCCCACUUCUAAAGCUGUUCCGGAUCAGUUGACGCCUUUUAUUUCCCUCUUCCGGUUCAACCCUUAGAGCUUCUCAUCCAUGGCUACAACAUAAAGGUGGUGUGUUCAAGUCUGAUAUUACCUAGUGUUUUGUAAGCAUUAUCCUUUUUUUUAAUCACUAAAAUAUAAGCUUGAGACAUGACUGCUUUACCACCGGGAGACCCACAGCUGGUCUCAAUGAUCGUCAGUCAUUUAAAAACACAGGGGCUCUUCGACCAGUUCAGGAGAGACUGCCUGGCAGACGUUGAUACAAAGCCAGCAUAUUUGAACCUGAAACAGAGAGUAGACAACUUUGUCUCUAAUCACCUUUCUAAUCACACGUGGAGCCCUCAUUUGAACAAGAACCAGCUGAGAAACAACAUCAGGCAGCUUGUCCUGCAAUCAGGGAUGCUGGAGCAGGGAGUGGACAGGAUUGUAGCGCAGGUGGUGGAUCCCAAAAUCAACCACAUAUUCAGGCCGCAGGUGGAGAGGGUGGUCCGUGAAUUUCUCUCACCUGGCAGCUGCUCUGAGGAGCCACCGGCCCCACUGCCCUCAACAGAGACCAAACCAGACAGCAGUGUUACUGAGCAAGCCUCAUCAUCUGCCCCACCUCCUGCUGCAAGCAGUGACGCCAUGUCCAUCCUGGACACCAUCACUUCUCUCAACCAGGAGGCGAGCGUCAGGGCCAGUUCAGGCACAGAGAAAGCGCGGAAAGGCCAAGCUUCAGAUGAGCACAUGCAGCUGAUGGAGGAGAGUGAACAAGACUUGAGUGUUGCUGAGGAAGUAGACAGCCACCAUGAUGGGACAACGCUAGAGGAUGCCAGAGAAACAAAGGUGAUACCAGAGGUCCAGGUGUCAGAAGUGAUGCCAGAGGAUACCCAGGAACAGAUGGAUCUGGGAAAAGAAGGGUUAAUUGAGGAGGUAAAGAUGGAAGAGGAGCAGUCAGGAGCUUCUGAGCAGACAGAGGAAGAGAAAGAUAAGGCUGCAAGCAAGAUUCCUGGAAAACCCUCAGAGGAGAAGCAGGAGGACGACCAGCUGAAAUCCACCAAUCAGGCCAAGCAGAAAGCCAGAGAGAGGAUAAAGGAAGAAUACUCUCUGGAGGACUCUGAUCUGGAAGGUCUAAGUGACAUCACAGUGAGUUCUGUCCACACCAGCGACCUGUCGUCAUUUGAGGAGGAUAGUGAAGAUGAGGAGCUGCUGAUUGAUUCUUCUGAAGAGGGGGAACUUCCACCAGAUGAUCAAGGUGAGGAAGCAGAAAAGAAACACACCAGUGCAGAUGCAGGAGAAGAAGACAAAGAAACAAAACCCCGGCGGAAGGCCUACGUUCACAAGCCCUUCCUCUACUCCCGUUACUAUAGCGACUCUGAUGAUGAAAUCACUGUGGAAGAGCGAUGCUUCCAGAAUUUGCAAAGGAUAAAGAGGAAAGGCUGCUGA